AUGCAUUUUCAAUAAAGAUGCUGCUAUAGUAUUUUUUUUUUAUAAACCUGUGUUGUGUUUGCAAUUGUUUGAUAUCCAUGAGACCAGAGUAUUUUCGUCACACACACACACUUUGUUAUGGUAUUGGGAAACAUAAACAGGAAGUUCAUGAGAACAAAACCAACUGUUUCUACACAGAGGAGUAGGAUCUUAUUCAACAUCCGAGCAAAUUUGCAAUGUGCUGCCUUUUUAUUGUCAUUCUUUUCAUUUCAAGUAAGUAGAUUUUUAUCCACGAAAUUCAUGUCAAUCAUUUGUUAUGUGACUCAGGGUAGCAGAAAUAAGGAAAUAUUUCAUCUGAAUUGAGCAACAGUGGGCGCACGGUGGAUUAGUGGUUAGCACGUUCGCCUCACACCUCCAGGGUCGGGGGUUUGAUUCUCACCGUGGCCCUGUGUGUGUGAGGAGUUUGCAUGUUCUCCCCGUGCUGCGGGGGUUUCCUCCGGGUACUCUCAUUUCCUCCCCCAGUCCAAAGACGUGCAUGGUAGACUGAUUGGCAUGGCAGAGUGUAUGAAAGGGUGUGUGAGUGUGUGUGUGAUUGUGCCCUGCGAUGGAUUGGCACCCUGUCCAGGGUGUACCCCGCCUUGUGCCCGAUGCUCCCUGCGAUAGGCUCCAGGUUUCCCCGUGACCCUGAAAAGGAUAAAGCGGUAUAGAAGAUGGAUGAGUUACCGUGUCAUGUUUCUGUUUUCUAUGCAGAUGUUGGCAGUCAGGCAUCGAGGAAAUUAAGUCUUCAAACUGGAGCAUCUGUCACCAUCCCAUGUCAUUACGAUAGGAAAUAUGUACAUCAUAAGAAAUACUGGUGCUAUAAUAAUGGUGCAUCAUUCGGAUCCUGUACAAUUCAGGCGUAUACCAGUGAGACACAGGGGAAAGUGACAGUGACUGAUAACCCAGCUGAGAGUCUCUUUACUGUGAUGAUGAAAGAUCUCCAGACAGAAAACACUGGAUGGUACUGGUGUGCUGUAGAGAUACAUAGAUUGAGAGAUGUUUAUGAAAAUCUCUACAUCACAGUGAAAUCAGAUCCUGAUCUGUCUGUGAUGGAGAGCAGAGUGAGUGGUGAGCAAGGAUGCAGAGUCACAGUCCAGUGUCUCUACAGCGCUGCGUAUCGGAAUACACAGAAGCAGUGGUGCAGAUUUAAAGACAAGCACUGCUACAAUGUGGGGAGGACUGCCACAUCCCAGAAUUCAGCAGUGAACGUCCAUGAUGAUGGGAGAGGAUCCUUCAGUGUGCAGAUGAGGGGACUGAAGAAGAGUGAUGCUGGCUGGUACUGGUGCGGUGCAGGAGAUCUGCAGGUUCCUGUUCACAUCAGUGUCUAUGGUGAUGCUCCAGAUUCGUCAGAUUCCAAAGAAUGCAUAAAGCCAGAGACGUUCUGUAUUGCACACAGUUGAAAGAGGUGAUCCUGGUGGCAUUGGGAAUUUAUGAAACUGGAACAUUCUCUUUGUUUUCACAACUGAUAUGAGAUAAAGUGUGUUACAAGGGAUUCAACUGCAAUGGAGUUCUUUAUAUUUUGACUAUAUACAGCAAAUAUACUUAUAGUAACAUGUGUUUUAUAUGCUAUUAUUAAAUAUUGUUAAGUUAAGGUAAAAAAUAAAGUUCUCAAAUCGUGUUCUCAGGUGCUUUUUGCAUCUUUGGUUUAAGAUGCUGUAUGUAUUAUUACUGUAUUAUUACAAUCUAAUCAAUGCAAUGUUAUACUAGCUGUACAGGAAGGAUCUCAGAUACUGUAUAAUCUGCCAGUUCUGUAAAUAUUUUUUCACAAUAUCAGGUGGGUUGCUGUAUUGAACUGUAAAACAUUUAAAGUAUCAUACUGGUCAAAACACAGUAUUUUAUUCUAGAAUCUACAUUAAUUCUUCACAGGCUAAGACUAGUGCAGCAUUGACUUUCUAAGUCAAUGAUGAUUCUCUGUCAUAUAGCAUCAGAACAGGGCUAUUCAUUUUCUCAACAAUUUAUUAACACUGGAUGAAGGAUUUUUUUGUAUGUCCUUGGGUUGUCGAUUAUAAUAAAGUUUGUGUUAUGCUCCGA